UUUUCUUUUCUUUUUCGAAUAAACGAGAGAGAGGGUAAAAAUAUUCGUCGGUGUUUUAAAAAAGAAAGAAAAAGAAAAAAAAGAAUAAAUAUUAAUAAACAAUCGUAGUAAUCUUUUGUUUAAUUUUUCUUUUUUUUGUCUAAAACGAAAACUUCGUGGCAAAAGGCAGGAGGGAUGAGAGAGAACGGGGAUUGGUUAAUGAUUAUUGAAAAUUUUUGUUGAAAAAAUAAAAAACGUUGCAUUUGACAGAUUAUUAUAAUUAGAUCGUAUCGAUUUAAAGAGAAGUUUCGUUAAUUUUUAUAAGAUCGAAAAAAGAAAAAUAAUAAGAAAUAAAAAAGAAAAGAAAAAAAAAAUUCAGAAUGAGAGCAGCUCAUAUGUGCGGCGUGGAUUGGUCGAUCAACAACAACGUGUGCGAGUUGACGGGCCUCGAUGGAGAAUGAUAGUUCGAUUGAUAACACGGAUAUCUGUUGAAGAGGAUCCUUUCGAAACAUCUACGAUCGAAGGAUACGUCUCGAGAAGAGAUUUCUGAUUAUCGGAAUACGAGGCACGGGUCGAAGGAAUUAUUGAGCAGCCAUGAACUUUGCGCUGCAUGGACUUCUACUACAGGCUUUCUUGUCAGCUCUAAACUUCCGGCAUGGCUUACCUCCGUGCAGCGCAAGUGAAGCUAUCUACUUGGAUUUCCAUAAUCUGCCGGAUACGAACUUUUCGUGCCAAGGAAAAGUGAUUGGUGGUUAUUAUGCGGACAUCGAAACUGGAUGUCAGAUGUUUCAUGUAUGCACGAUCGGUCAGAAAGACGAGAUUAUGGAUAUAAGGUUCCUUUGUUUGAAUGGAACCAUCUUCGAUCAAGAGACUAGAGUCUGCGAACGUGUCGAUGAAGUUGAUUGCAGCAAGAGCGAACAGUUUUAUAAUCUUAAUUUAGAGCUCUAUGGCAACAAUGCCGUCACAUUUGGCUUACAUGAGAAUGAAGAAGAAGAUAAUCCUUCAGAAUCCGUGGAAAAUAGUCAACGUACUACCUCUGCACAUUCUACCAGUGGCACAACAACAACAACGACAUCACGACCAAGUAAACCAUCAACAACUACAGCUAGAGGUUCAUAUUCAACCGGAUAUCCACAGCAACAAUUUAGACAAGGAUAUCAUCAUCAAUAUAUUCUUCACAAUGAUGAUAGAAAUGAUAAUCAAGCAACUUCUUAUCAAUUGUUUAGUAAUCAAGGUGUUAGUUCAACUACUGUUCAAGAAGUACCUCAAGCUCAUCAAAUUAGAUUCAGUUCAACUGCAAGUCCACAAAUCAUUCGUAAUGAACAAUCAACAAUAUCACCGAUCUAUCAUAUCACAUCUUCGACUAUCCAAACAUUAUUGGAUAGAAAUCCAAGCAAUUCAGCAUUGAUUAAUCCAAUAUAUAAUAAUCAUGGAAUUGUCAGCACUACAGAAUCCUUUAAUGUUCAUAAUCCUAGAGAUACGUCAGAGUAUCGUGACAAUGAACAUCGUAAGCAUAGUAUUACUCCUUUAGAAGCUAUACAAUCAACCAAUCAAGGAAAGGUAUCAAAAUUAACAAUAUCACCAAUACCUUCUCAAGACGAACAGAAAGAUAGCCAAGCUUCUCAACAGCAAAGAAUUUCGUCGAAUUUUCUUCCUACUCCGGCUAGCGUUGAAACAACGAUUAAAUCAUUUUAUCCAACUCCAAGGACAUCACCGAAACCUUCAGUAUCAACAUCUUCUAAUGGUCAAAUUACUCAACAUAUUCACGUGCCACCUCCUAUUCCGGUUCCACAAUUGAAACCACAUCAUAUCACUAUAAAUCUACCACCACCGGAUAUUCAAAGGAUUAUACAAAACCCACCACCACCUUUGUUACCUUCCCAAUCUCGAGUCAUUGUUACUGCUAAAGCUAGCGUUAGCGAUGAAACAGGAAGACCACUUAACACUACACAAUUAGUGACUAUACCUCUUCCAACUAUUCCAGCUACUUAUGAUGAUUAUAAAGAAGGUGAUGAAUCCUUUGAUCCGUUUUAUCGCGAUGUACCUAAACUUCGUAAUCAUCGUCGUGCUGUUGUACGCAAAAUUGUCAGAAAUCAUAGAAGUAAAAGAUCAAUUACGCAACUUAAUGAUCCUGCUAUUAGUAUAAAAACGAAUCUAAAUUCAAGAGUUGUAAAUGUAUACCCAGUAAAUACAAAUUUAAGACAAUUAAGGCAUACUAGUACAUCUGAUGAUACUCAAUUAAAAGAAGAUGAAAAUAUUAAUACAAAAAAUGUUGAACAAAAAUCGAUUAUUACAAUUAAAAAUGAUCAUAAUGUUGAUGAUUCAGAAAAGAAUGCUUCUUAUCAUAUAAAUUUAAAUUCAGAAGAAGAAGAAAAAGAUGAUAAUGAUGAUAAUGAUAAUGAUGAUGAUGAUGAUGAUGAGGAUAAAGAUAAUGAUCAAGAUGAGAAAAUAUUUAAACAUGAUCAAAAAGAAUCAGAAGAAAAUGUUGAAUCUGAUAUAGAAGUAUUGGAUCUUAAUGAGUAUACAGAUUAUGAAACGGAUACAAAUGUAGAUCAAACAACUGAAUCAGUCAUACUGAUUAAUAAUACUGAUACAAAUGGUAAUACCUUUGAAGUAACAUGGUUUACGGAUAAUAUUACUAAAACUGUAGACAAUGCAGAUUCACAGAUAAUUGCAUACAACAUUUCAGAUAAAUCCAAUAAAAAUGAAGAUGAAACAGAAAUUGAAAUAGUUUCUGAUAUGGGAGAUGAUGAUACGUUUAUAUUAGAUGAAGAUAAUAAUAAAAAUGUAGAUAAAAUGUCAUCGACAAGUAAAAUCGCCAAAUCUGUCGACGCUGUUACAGUUUCUAGUAUUUUGUCUAUGAAUAAAAAGGAACAAAGUAAACAAGAACAAGUUUCUAAAUAUGAUUUAGAAGAUAAAGUAACAGAUGAUGAUAAAGAUUACAUGUAUGAUGAGGAGAAAGAUGAAAUUGAUAAUAAUUCAGAUAAGAUAAAUAAAAAAUCUAAUAACGAAAAGAUAAUAUCUUCUAAAAUAAUAGAAGAUUUAAUUACAACUACUGAAAUCGAUAAUUCUAGAACUGAUACUUCAACGAAAAAACUUCAUUCGAGAAUAUCUAGAAAAAAAAUGUCUGCAAAAAGGAAACAUCAAAAAGAAAACGAUAGCAUGAUCGAAAUUAUUGAUCCUGAUAAUACUGAAGAACGAGUAUCAACGAAUACAUCUACCUCUAAUUUGCAAACAGAAAUUGAAGAACCGCAUAAUCAUGAUUUGAAUAAAUCUGAUAAACCAGAAGUUAAAGAAAUGGAUACUGUGAUAAAGUAUAGUUCUAAAUUUGCAAAAGAUUUAACAUCGAAUAAAGAAAAUGUUGGAAGAAAGCGUACACAAAUUAACAACGUAGUCAAAUAUGAAUCCGAAGAAAGGAAUGUAGAUAAUUUAGGGAAAGUAAAUAAUUCUAGUAAAUAUCAAUUAAUGAACGAUCAGGAAGCAUUAGAAUCAUCUAAUGAAAGUAUUGAAAAUAAGAAUGAUGAAUCUAAUACGUUUGUAAGCAAUGUGGAAACUACGGAAACAACUAAUGUUUCUUUAGAACAUUUCGAAGAAAAAAUAGAUAUUGCUGAUAAAAAAAUCAAUUCUUAUACGAAAGAGAUUUCGAUUGAACAAUAUCAAACUACGAAUGAUGUAUCGACGACCAAUGGUAAGAAUAAAAAAUUAGAUAAAAAUUCAAGUGAAAAUUCAGAUGACGAUGACGACGACACAAUUUAUCAUAAAAGUAAACAUAAAAAUUUAACUUACGUUGACGAAAAAGAAUUUCAUCAAACGCAUGAACAUUCUACGAUGGAAAAUUUAGAAAGUAUAGUUUCAAACGACGAUUUUCCUGAAUAUGAUUAUUCUAUGAAUGCAUCAGAUUAUGAUUGGUAUAAUUUAUACGACUAUACGGAAUCUGAUAACAUAGAAGAUGUUACCACUUCGAUAGAAUCUGACAAUCACGAACAAAUAACGGAAACAUAUGAAACUGUAACCGAAUCUGUAGGAAUGAAAGAUUUUAAAACAGUUGAACAGGAAGACAGUACAACGGGUGUUCUGAAAUUUAUCGACGAGUUACCAAAGAUUAAUAAAAUGGAAAGUAGUACGGAAAAAGAAAUAGUUUCUGUUGAACCUUCUGUACAAGAUUAUGUUGACGAUAAUUACGAGCCACAUAAUUACAAGGAACAAGAAUCUAUAGUUAAUACUGAAAAUCCAAGCGAUGAUAAGAUUGAAAAAGAUAUUAAAGUUGUAACUGUCGAUGAAAAGUUAUCAGAUAAUGUAGAUGACGUUAAAACAGAUGAUAUUAAAUUAGAGAAAGACAAAUCAAUGCAGAAAGAUACUAAAGAAUUUGAAAAAUUUGUUGAAGAUAAGGAACAACAGUUGACUACUACGUCAACUUCAAAAACCACGUUAGAAACAGUAACUUUAUCAACAUUGAUAUCGUCAACAUUGCCACCGAGUUCUUUACCAAUAACAUCUUUGCCACCAAUAACAACUUUGUUAACAACAACGACUGUUCCAACAACGAUUGUACAAACGACUGUUCCAACAACAAUUGUACAAACGACUAUUCCAACAACAAUUGUAGAAACGACUGUUCCAACAACGAUUGUACAAACAACUGAUCCAACAACGACUGUACAAACGACUGUUCCAACCACAACUGUACCAACUACAACUAUACCAACUACAACAACAACCACAACUCCUCGUUCUGUGCCUAAUCUCUUCAAACCAUUUUCACUUAGAAAAAAUUACAAUUAUAUUCCCCCAACAACAACACCUAAUCCAGUAAUCAUUAAAACCAGAUUGCCUCUAUUUAAUCCAAAACCAGCCAAACCACCUAAAUCUUAUAACGAGUUAGUACCAAAGCCAGUUAUUAGAAAACUUACUUUACCAACUCGAAGACCACCCACUACUACACCUACAAGUACUACGAAAAGAAGCAAAGAAUUAAAUAAUAUUGAAAGUACGACAAGCACUAUGAAAAGAAAUGAAGAAUUAAAUAAUAUUGAAAGUACAACAACAAAAAUGUUAGACAAUUUAAACGUAACUCAGAUUCUUACUUUAUCUACUGACAGUAAAGAUUCACAAUCUUUGAAUUCUAAUAUUGAAAAUUUCACUUCGUAUCCUUUGUCAAGAUUAUCAACGCUCUCCAUAGCAGCAGUAGAUGUUACUACCUCUAGUAGUGAUACAAGUAACAUUUCAGAUACUACAGAAACAAAUACAAGUAAUACGGAUAUAACAAAUGAAGAUAUCAUGGAUGUAUCAACCAUACCAACAGUUAUUCCAACUUUAAUAGAAAAAGAAUAUACGGAUAAAAAGAAGCAUACAGAAACUGAGGAAACUACAACUCCUAUUACUACUAGCUAUUAUCUUCAUGAUAUAACAGUUGCAACAACAACUGAAAAUGUACGUUCAAUAAAUCAUCCAAUUUCAACGCCUAGUUCAACUCUAAUUGAGAGAAUCGAUAAAAUUCCAUCAUUCGAAUCAACUAGACGAUUGAAAGACAAAUCUUUCUCUAUUUCUAAAAUCUAUGGCAGUUUUAAUUGUCUGGAAAGAGAGAUGUAUAGAUUUUAUGGUGACAUGAGAGACUGCCGGUUGUUUCAUUAUUGUUCUCCCGGUUUUACUCCAAAGCAAGUUUUAGACUUUCGCUUUGUUUGCGAAGAGGGUACUAUGUUCGACGAAGAAAGUCAAAGUUGUCGACACGAUAUUAAAAGUACCAAGUGCCCUAAUAGACUGUGGUAAAUAAGAAAAACAUUAUCAUAUGUUUGAUUUUUGUUUUCUUUAUCGUCAAUAUUUCUCCGUCCCAUAUUAUCUUGUGCUAUUGAUUUUAAUAAUUAGUGAAUCCUAGGACUCCUUAAUAUAUUUAUAAUUUUAAUUUAAUAAGUAAGAUCCCUCUAGAAGGAGAAUCCUUCUUCUAAGCAUUAGCCAUAACUGUGAGUAAAUGCGCUGGAUUCACACUUAUUAAAAUUAAUGCUAUCUCUGAUAUAUAAUAUGCGUUUAUAAAUUAUAUAUUAUCGUAAUGAAGAAAAACAUCAUAUCAAAUUCAAGAUUUUCAAGAAGUGAUAUAUGUAAUACCAUUUUAAUGAGAUUUUUACUCGACUUUUUGAUCGGGUAAAAUAUUCGUGAGAUUUUAGAUGUUAAUGACUGAAGGAUAUCGGUUCCUAUGUUGCAUAGGCAAUGGUUUGUAAAAGGAUGUAAAAUUGUUUAUAUUUGAUAUUUAUGAAUAUGCGAAUACAUGUGAUAACAUAAUUGCUUUAUUAAAGAAUACCGUCAUUUCUUUCAUAUCUUUUAUUAUUUUAUUUUUAAAUGAUCAUAUAAAAAACAAAUACAAAAUUUACUGC